CGCGCCACAGUAAAAGUGGCAGUCAUCAGUCGGCCACAAUUUGAACCUGAGGCGUGAAACUCGAAGUCCACACUGUAGCGCCAGCCCACUGCACCGCCAGCGGAUUCAUCCACUCGCCGACUUCCACGACCUCACUCCUUCCAACGUCACCUUACUCUCACCCUCGACACAGAUUCUCGAAGACGUCCUUUCCUCCCCGGCCGUUUUCCUUUCUGUUUGCGCGUUCGCUCACUCCUUCUACUUGCGAGCAGGCCGUCGUCGGUCGGCCAACCCUCAGCAAACAUGAGUACACAACAGCAACAAAAUGAAGCUGAAAAAAACAUCGAGAUCUGGAAGGUGAAAAAGCUCAUCAAACGCCUCGAGGCAGCCAGGGGCAAUGGUACAUCCAUGAUUUCCCUCAUUAUUCCGCCCAAGGACCAGGUCUCUCGAGCUGCCAAAAUGUUGGCUGAAGAAUUCGGUACGGCUUCCAACAUCAAGUCUCGAGUCAAUCGUUUGUCCGUCCUGUCAGCCAUCACGUCGACCCAGCAACGUCUCAAGCUGUACAACAAAGUCCCGCCCAACGGCCUCGUCAUCUAUUGCGGUGAAAUCAUCACCUCUGAAGGAAAAGAGAGGAAGAUCAACAUUGAUUUUGAGCCCUUCAAGCCCAUCAACACCUCGUUAUACUUGUGCGACAACAAGUUCCAUACAGAGGCGCUCAGUGAACUCCUUGAGUCCGAUCAAAAAUUUGGUUUCAUCAUCAUGGAUGGUAACGGUGCCCUGUUUGGAACUCUGAGUGGCAAUACAAGAGAAGUCAUCCAUAAAUUUUCCGUGGAUCUCCCAAAGAAGCACGGUCGAGGUGGUCAGUCUGCUCUGCGUUUCGCACGUCUUCGAGAAGAGAAACGUCACAACUAUGUGCGCAAAGUCGCCGAAUUGGCAGUGCAGAACUUCAUUACCAACGACAAGGUCAAUGUGGCUGGCCUCAUUUUGGCGGGUUCUGCCGAUUUCAAGAACGAUCUGGCCCAGUCCGACAUGUUCGAUUCUCGUCUCCAGGCUAAGGUCAUCAAGGUCGUCGAUGUGUCUUACGGAGGUGAAAACGGGUUCAACCAGGCUAUCGAUUUGUCUGCCGAGACUUUGAGCAACGUAAAAUUCAUCCAAGAGAAGAAACUGAUCGGCAAAUACUUUGAAGAAAUCAGUCAAGAUAGUGGUCGAGUUUGCUAUGGUGUCGAGGAUACUUUGAAGGCUCUUGAACUUGGUGCAGUGGAGACAUUGAUCGUCUACGAGGACUUGGAUGUGACUCGCUGGGUUCUGAAGGCGUCUGAUGGUACCGAGAAGAUUCUGCACACCACCAAAGCUCAAGAGCAAGACCGUGAACAAUUCAUGGACAAGGAGACCGGCCAGGAGAUGGAAGUUGUCGAGCAGACUCCAUUCCUUGAAUGGCUGGCCGAGAAACACAAAGAUUUCGGUGCUACGCUGGAAUUUGUGUCUGACCGCUCCAGCGAAGGCAAUCAGUUCGUGAAAGGAUUUGGUGGUAUUGGCGCCAUUUUGCGUUACAAGGUCAACUUCGAACAGUUGGCUGACGCUUCCGACGAUGACGAGUUCUACGAUGAUUGACAAUUCAACCAACUUUCAAUGGAGCGCGAGGAGCAGACUCUAGUCGAUCGCAAGACAAACUUCGACAGCGCAGAGACUGCUCCCAGCUCUGAGCGUCCCAGCGACGCUGUAACGUCUCAGCCGCGGCGAGCGGCAGACAAGCAUGCGGACCUUAGCAAGCCACGCUUCAAGCACCUCGAAAGAGUGGGUCCCACCAGUGGCGCAUCUCAACAAGCCGAGCGAGCAAUGGCGCCGCCGGCAAGACAAGAUCUCGGUCUAGUCCAUGGACGAACCAAUCUCCGCAAUAUGGUCAUGAUCUGAGUCGGGGACGGCGUUCAACCUUGGCCAUUCAUUUGUCUGUCCACGUGCUCAGAGCACGGUGAUUGAGCAAGUGACAAGUGUCGGCAUGAGGUUGAUAUAAGUCCAAUACACGAAAAUGUCCUCUAGGUCGACUAGGCGGGCACACAUGACCUCUUGAAGUGAUAUCUUGGCAGGGUGGUCUUGUCGCCGGGAUGACUGGUUGUGUUGCCCGAAACAUGGCUUCCGAUCAGUGUCCUUGAAAAUGAAAAUCUUUGUUUUUGUCCCUCGAAGUGCUCACAAGUGAGCUGGUCAUUCUUUUACACACGAUGAAAUUUCUUUUCUACACUCUCCUCCAGUCGGAGAAGAGUGUCUCAACGGGCUUUUGGCAUCACCGGACGACGACACUUCGAUCAGCUUGCUCAAAUGGAACCCGAGAGUGGCUGCAUUCGUUGUCCUGAUACUACAGACCUCGAUAUGUCGGUAUUCAACCAUAGUCAAUCCUUUACACAUUUAAUUUCUUUUAACUUUGUUACCGUAAACUAUAUGACCG